GCCGCGCAGCCAGCCUCGCCUCCACGCCGGCAAACUCGAACGACCUCUUCCCGCUCACUAACGUCGCACCCGCGAUCAUUUCCCGCCGCGAAACUGCGUCCGAUCACCGCGUUGCAGUUGUAUUUUGAAACUUUUUCAAAACUUUCAUAGAAUAAUAUGCGGCGAAUGUGGAUUUAAAUUUGUGUAGAGAUGCGGACGCGCGGAUGCGGGUUUACGUGGCCGGCGGCGUAGUCCGCGGGAAUGGAUUGCUGCAAGUGGGGACCGCUCGGCGCGGGCGCAGGCUGGGCGGGCGGGCGCUACGCCGCGCCGCCUUACGCGCCCCAGCCCUCGCCUUACCCACCUUACUACCCGCACGCACACGACUAUGCACGUUACUACCGCUACGACUACCCUGCGCCGCACGCGCACCAUGCUGAACACGCUAUGCCCAUGGAUUACGGUGCGUAUGCGCUGAAAGAAUCACGAGGGCGAAGGGCGCUGACUAGGAGAGAACAGCGUAUUCACCCUGCACUACAACAGUUUCCUGUGUCUCAUACGCCACCACUAGAAUGCGGAAUGACCAAUCGAGGCCAUGGGUACUGUGAGCCGCAUGUUUGGCCACAUUAUCAGAUGGGCGUGCUAGCAGGGAGUGGGUGGAACGGUAGCAAUGGUGGCGUGUGGCCAUCGCGAGUUCCACAGAACAUGUGUUCAAGGGAAUCGAUGCGUUAUGGACCGGAUUGCAGAUUAAUGCAGAACGCCCAAAACCACAUCGGCGCACACGACGGCCGAUCUACACCAUAUCCUGUGUACGAUACAGGCUAUGAAAGCAAGCGCGGUGGCAAUGACUUUCCUAUGCGAGUCCCGCAAGCAGAAAUCCCACAACCCGUGCGGGAAACUGUCGAAACACGCCCACCUGAAGUGGUGCGUCCUCCAGUGGUGCCUUUGCCAGCGUUUCAACAGGCUUUUGGCUCCACCGAAAUAGGAAAGUUCGCGGAGGCGUUUAGUCGUGCCGACAUGGCGCACGAAGCAGACGAGUGUGAAAACUUCGCGUUCGAGCCAUUUGCCGAUUGGGAAGGCACACCCGACCAGUGGGCGCCGCCCGUCAAAGAAAUAAAAUGCGAAGAUACCUUUUAACGUAAGGCUAUUUUCGCUCUAGUUAAAUUUUUGGGCAUUAUAAUUGCCUUAGGAAAAUAAACCUUGAUUCAGCACCACGUUGCCAAACCGACGCUCUCGGUAUCUAUGCGAUAUCAUAGAACUAGUUAUGUGAUAAAAUAGUUAAAUGUGUAUGAGAAAUGAUAUAGUGGUGUGAGUUUUUUAGUUAAAUAAUAGAAGUUAUUAUUGUUACCAUCGUAUUCGUUAUUCCCUGUAAGUUCUAGAAGAACACUGUUUGUUGGGAUGUUUUCGUUCAUCUAGGUACCUAUUGCGAAUGAUUAUGCGAAAAUGUAGAAAAUGAGAUGUAUUACAUAAUUCAAUGUGCCUUUAAUCGGCGUUGGCCGUGAGUCGCGCGGCGUCGCCCCAUUCUCGUUACAGAUUAAUAUCAUAAACUUAUUAUUUACAAUAGUAAUAUAGGGACCAACGUUUAGACAAUUAUACACGACCGCGUAAGAUCACGUGACGAACGAUUGCAUCACUCGAAAAAAUUUUAUAAAAUUUUAAUGGUACUCGCUAGAAAUAUGUAAAUUGAAUUUAGAAUCAUUCGUUUAUACAGAUGCUCUAACAAUCGAUACCGAUACUAAAUUGUAUACCAGGCUCUCAUACUUCAAACGUCUUCAUAGCUAUAGGUUCAUUAACUAACACAUAUAAGCAUCUCUCUCAUAACCUUUCGAGUACACGGGGUUCAAAAGACGUCGCGCGGACUUCAACCUCUAAAUUAAAUAAUCCUUAGGUACAGCUACAAAUCACAAGCAUAGCAAACCUAGCUAGUCAAAAUUUUAAUAAAACAUUUUCGAAUAGGAGCGGCUUUUUAAUUAAAGAAUAAGGGUCCAAAAAUUUUUAUUGUAGUGUCAUAGUAGGAAUUCCGUGAGUUAUGGCACUUUAUUCAGCCAUUCUCUUAGAAAAUUCGGGAGUAUUGUGGAUUAUUUCUUAAUAUUCUGAAACGAUAGGUGUAAAUAGGAAAUAAGGAUUAAGUUUAAUUCUCCAGUCAUAGAUUUAUCGGUACAAUUUUGGUGACCUCUUUACACUUGAUGUAGUGAUUUAUUUUAGGGAAUAAAUAGCCGCCAUCCCAUCAGAAUACUUAAUUAAAAGUAGGUAAUUUUUUUGCUCAAAUUGCAGUUUGGCUACUAUUCAAUUUUAUUUACAUCACGUCUGUAUUAAAAGAACUUCCAAGGGUCUUCGGUUUUUGUAGAAAAAUGGGUGGUAGAACAACCACUUUCUAUGAAACAGAAUUGGAGUGCCUUAUGUAAUUUAUAUAUUAAAUAAUAAUCAUUAAUGUAGAUCAAAGAAUUAUAUAGUCUUAUUUGAAAACACCACAUUAGAAUAAAAUAUUCGUUUAAAUAAUUCCUUAGUGAGUAGAUGAUAAAUGUAAUGUUAUAUAAAUCUUAUUCGUGUUUUUUUACAGCAAAUAUUUAAUU